AUGGAUGUAGGCAGUAUCGUUGAGCCACCCACAGAUGCUCUCGAUGAAUUCCCGGAGGGAGGUUAUGGCUGGGCUGUAGUCGCAUCAUGCUUUCUUGCAAAUUUUGUCACGUUCGGUAUUGCCAAUAUUUGGGGCAUUUUCUCUCAAGCCUUUGCAACGUCUAUCCUGGAAGGCAAAGCAACCACCAUCCAGCUCAUGACGGUCGGGUCCCUCAUCAACGUUUGCCUGAAUAUAUUUUCACCUAUCAGCGUCGUGCUUGUUCGGUUUGGCCUAAGAUUCAAUUACCUUCUAGGUGGUACUCUGAUGAGUCUUGGUGUUAUUCUCGCAGGGUUCAGUACCGAAGUGUGGCACAUCUUCCUAACACAAAGUUUGCUUUACGGAUUUGGCGCCUCUUUUCUUUACAUGUCAAGUUCAUCAGCCAUUCCUCAAUGGUUUAGCAAACGGCGAGCUACAGCCAUGGGAAUCAGCACAGCUGGGACAGGUCUCGGUGGUCUAGCGAUAAGUCCUAUGGCAAAUGCUUUAAUCCAUAAAUAUGGCAUAGCAUGGGCAUAUCGCAUUAUAGGAUUUUUCUGUUUAGGAGUUUGCAUUUUGGGAGCAGCUCUGAUAAAGGAUCGUCUUCCAAGCUCGUACAGAAAAAACUUACCUAUCAAAUCACCUAUCCAGUUAUCCAUGUUCAAAAUUAAAAAUUUUAACAUUUGGCUUGUUGGCUCGGUCGUGGGCCUCAUGGGUUAUUUAGCACCUGUAUUCUAUUUUCCAAAGUACGCAGCCGACAUUGGGAUUGGCACAACAGAUGCUUCUAAUCUACUCUCUAUUCUGCUAGCCAUGAGUGCCGUUAGCCGUAUAGUACUCGGCUUUGUUGCAGACAGAAUCGGCCGACUCAAUAUGUACAUCAUCACUUUGUUUCUUUCCAGCAUAUUUUCUUUUUGCAUAUGGCCUUUUGCUAAAUCAUACACAAUCCUCUUGGUCUUUUGUAUCCUCUGGGGCUGGACAAGUGGACAGUACUAUGCAUUGGCAGCACCUAUUACAGCGAGCGUCGUCGGCAUGGAGAAACUUUCUUCAGGUCUUUCCAUUGCUUAUAUUUGCAGCUCAAUUUCAGCCAUGGGAACGCCGAUCUCAGCAGCUAUUCAACAAGCAACACCCAAUAAUGGAUACCUCGGAAUACAAAUGUUUGAUGGGGCAGUCUACGCAUGUGGCGCAUUUAUAUGCCUUUAUCUCAAGUAUCGCCUGACAAACUCGUUAUUUAAGAAAUUUUGA